AUGGAGGCAGAUUAACUAUUGGUGACUAAUUUUUUUAUAGAAUAAUAAAUAAAAAUAUUAAAACCCCGACCUUUGGCUAUUAAAUAAAGUGCUGAAAUUUUAUAACAUUACUAUAAAUUGUAAGCAAAAGAAUAAGUCAAAGUCAUAGAAACAUCUUUGCUCAGCAUCUAUUCAUUCUUUCAAUCUGACAACUUUGAAAGUUAUUAGGAUAUCAACACUAAAAUUAAUAAUUUACUUGAAGAUAUUUCUAAAAUUGAUGAUAACACAAUAAAGAAAGGACAAUUUCGAAGAUCGAUUUGUAGAAAAUCAUUAUAAAAAUCAUUUAAAAUUUUAUCUUUAAAACUUAGGAUAUCUUUGGACAUUAUCAGUAAAAAAUGGAUAAAUAAACAAAAUUUAAAAAAUUAAUUAAGAUGGUCCAAUCUAUGCAUCCGAAACAUACAAAAAUAAAGUUCUUUGAAUUCAGAUCUAGCAUUAGUCUCUAAAAAGUUAUUUAAAAUGUUUAUAUGCAGAAUAUGUGAACAACCUGUCUAAGCAACUCAAAUGGAAUAACAUUGCAUAAAGUGCGAACAAUAAGCUGAAAGCAAAAAAAGAUUAUUGGAACUAAAUUUGGAAUUAGCAGAUGUUUGUGAUUAGGCAUAUUUAGAAAAGAGGAAUGUGCAAGUUAAAUUGGCAAUUAAAAAAAUGAGAGAUAAAACAAAGAAGAGAUAACAUCAUAAUACUAAAUAUAUUUAUAGAAGAGUUUAGACUUUAAAUGAUUAAGACGAAGAUGAAGAUAAUCAAAAUGAAUAUUAAUAAGAAUUGAACACAAUAGUCAACAUUAUGACAUAAAUUAUUAACUUUGCUGAAAAAACAUUAAACAAUUCUGCUGAAGUUGAAGAUACUAAAUAAACCUUAGUGCUGUUAAAUGACAUAGUCAAUGCCAGUCAAUGUAUUGAAAGCCAAGAAACAUUGACAGUUAUUAAUGCAACCCAUAAAUGCUUACUAGAUAGACUAGAUUAUUAGAAAAAAUAAGAGAAUAUUAUCAAUAACUCAUUAGAAGGGUCUCCUAAUCAAAAUUAAGAUAAUAUCAGUAAGAUCAAAAGAGCUUUUACUAAGUCUAAUUCAAUUUCAUUCAGAAUGCCAAAAUUUUAAAAUUCUCCCUCUCCUUCUUAGAGAAUAUCUACAGAUCCUAUUUAAGAAGAAGAAGAUGUACCAUAAUCACCUUAAAUUUCAUCAUCUUCAAAACUCAUAUCUUAAAGAAAAGGAUUUAAAAUCAAUUCUUCUAUUUUUAAGUUGAGUGACGGAUCUGAUUCUCCUAAAUCAAUUAAAUAAUCAUCUAAUUUAAUUCAGGUAAAAACAAGCUAUUUCUCUUAAAUUGAGACAAACUAAACCGUAAAUUCUUCCAUUAAUGAACUUAAAGUUGAAAAUACACCAUAAUAGUCAAGUAAUGAGUUCACCUAAUCAAGAGAAAACAUUUAAAAAUCAAUAUAAAAAUUAGCUCAAUUUAAAGCUUCGAUCCAACCACUCUUAACGAAAGAUUAGAAAACAUAGAUAUUAGAGGAGAUUACAGAAGAAGUAAAAUUUCCAAAUAAAAUAAUUGAAAUUAGCAAAUAAUAAUCCAUAAAAGAUAGCGAAAAUUCAUCUAAUAAAUCUAGUAUAGAAUCUGGGAAUUCCAACAAUAAUAAUGAAAGAAUUAAUUUAGCUCCUAAAAGAAAAUACAAAAAGAAAAACAAAUUAAGUUUCUAAUCAUAAGAAAUUGAUAAUUUAUAAUUGAAUAGUAAAAAUCCCCAAAGAAAAAGUAAAUUUUUUGAAAAUUAAAUCUGCAAAUCUCCCAUUGUUUUAUAUGACAACACAAUGGAUGAAAUUUUGAUUGAUAAAGGAUACCAUUCCGAUUCCAAUUUAAUUAAAAGUGUCUCACCUUAAUAAAAUGAAUCUUCUAAGGUUGGAAUUAAAGAUUUUGAAUUCAUUAAACUAUUAGGAAAAGGAGCUUAUGGAUGGGUUUUUUUAGUGAAAAAACAUGGCUCAGGAGAUCUUUAUGCUUUGAAAAUAAUUGAUUGUGCUUAAAGAAAUUUAGAAGCAUUCUUGGAAUAGUUAAAGGCUGAAAGAAAUAUUUUCGAAAUUCUCAACAGCAGUUUUGUCGUUAAAGCAUAUUUUUCAUUUGUUCAUGAACAGUAUCUUAUUUUUGUACAAGAAUACAUGAUGGGAGGAGAUCUAGCCAGCAUUUUAAAACAAUAUACGGCGCUUGAUGAGUUUUAUGUUUAACAUUAUAUGGCUGAGAUUGUUUUGGCUUUAGAAUAUUUAAGAUAAUAGAAUAUAGUGCAUAGAGAUUUAAAACCAGAAAAUAUAUUAUUAGAUUGUUAAGGACAUGCUAAACUUGCUGACUUUGGUCUGUCAGAAUAGGGAGUGAAUAGCAGAUUAAAAUUAAAAGACAAUUUGAGUACUUAAAAUUCUGUAGAGAUACCUACUUGUAUAGAACAAUUCAGUGAUUAAUCAGGUUAUUAGCCAAUCUAUAAAUAACUUAAAAAAGUAGAUUCGAUUUUAGUUGAGAAAUAAGGAUGUAAAACAAAAAAGAUUGUUGGUACUCCUGAUUACAUUGCACCUGAAAUUAUAUUGGGAACUUCAGUGAGCAAUUUUAGUUCAGAUUACUGGAGUUUGGGUAUUAUAAUGUAUGAACUACUUUGUGGUAUUGCCCCUUUUAAUGAUGACACUGUGGAUAAAAUUUUUGAUAAUAUUCUGAAUAUGAGAAUUGAAUGGCCUUAAAUUGGAGAGGAAGAAGAUUGUAUUUCAGAAUAAGCAUAUGAUUUGAUUGUAAAACUAUUGGAGCCUGAUUUUAAUAACAGAAUAGGGCACAAAUCUAUUGAAGAAAUAAAAAAUCAUAAAUUUUUUAAAGGUAUCUAAUGGAAUAGAUUAUUGAGCAAACCAGGAUUGAUUAUUCCAGAGCUAACUUGUGAAUCAAAAGACACUGAAAAGAUGCAAUAGUUUUUAAAAAAAUUGGAAAAAACUAAUAAAGAUUCAGAAAAUAAAAAAUUAGCCUAAUAAUUGAAAGCUUAACUUUAAAAUUUAGAAAGAAUCGAUUUACUAAAGUAAAGAAGCACAUAAGAAUCUGAUAAAUAUUUAUCGCAAGUGUAGAAUGAACAAAAAAAAAUUUAACAUCAAAUUGAGUUACUUACACAGCUUUAUGCAAAACUUUACUAAUGUUACUCUAAGAUGCAGUGA